AGGGUGGUGACAGCCCCUUAGGGAACGCAAGAUGUGCCCCGCGAAAACCUAUUCCGUCGUAGGCGACUGUGGGAAAUGACGGUAGGAAGUGUUGAACCCACAAAUAGCAAUGCAGGUGAUUUACGCAAUGAUAUUUUGGAACUCGCACGAACUAUCCAGGAAGCCGACAAUGAGAAGCCACAGGUGCCGAAAGUUCAGGUUCCAUUUUUUUAUGGCACCAAUGCCUCAGCAUGGGCUGACAAGUUCGAGCAGUUGGGAAGUUAUUGCAAAUGGUCAAGUGAGAAAAUGCUUCAAAUGGUGAAGCGAUAUUGUAAGGUCGAGUACCAAGAUGAAGUGUUGGAGUUGGUGCGAGCCUCACACGAUUGGCCGGAUUUUAAAGCCAAACUGUUGAAAAAAUAUCAGUUGAGGGAUCAACUCCUGGACCUGGCGGACUUGCGAAAAGUCAGCCGUCGAAAGUUCGGUACCACCAAACAGUUUCUCAUGGAAUUCGAACGAGUUGCUCGCUUAGUACCUGACCUCCCGGACAAAGAUCGCUGCCUUAUUUUCCUUGAGAAUUUCUCAGAAGUUGAACAGCGGGAAUUGGUGAAAGACAUGAGAGGGCGAUACGACUGGCCUAAGAUUAAGGAGAACCUGUUGGCUGGAAGUUUCGACCAGAUGCUUUACCGUCUCCUGAAGCAGCAAAAGGAGGAUCGCGAAAAAGAGGGGGUAAGCGCGGACAAGGACCAAGUUGUUUACAAUACUCUGACUGAUAUGCGGAAUAUGAUGCCUGAUAUGGAGGAAAGGUUAAAAUUUCAGGUUAUGACGGUUCAAGGGAAAGCGUCAGUUGUGGAAGAAGCAAGCAGUAGGAGCAGUGAAGACGAAAUUGAGGAAGAGGUGGUGACCCCUCGGAAGUUGACCAAGGCAGAACAGAAGGCCGUGAAUCAGAUGCGGGGAGGGCAAGGUACUAGUAAAAAGCAGCGGAAGAAUAAUGGAGGCGGCGGAAAUGGCGGUAUUCAGGAACAAGCGGCACAGGCUCCUCCUCAGCAACCCCAACCCUAGGGAGGAGGCCGAGGUCGAGGAAGAGGACAAGGCAAUGGGGGAGGCCGAGGAAAUGGGGGCGUUCGUGGCAAUUGGCAGA